AUGGCAAGGCUGCUAUUUUUGAUGAGCUUUUGUUCGCUGUUGUCCAAUACACAGCAAGCACCAUCAUUUCUUAUUACUGCCCCAAAUGUGGUACAUUUGGGCACACAUGAGACAAUAACAGUUCAAGUCCAUGGAGCACAGCACCCUGUGCAAGUUACUGCAUACUUCAAAGUCGAGACAAAAAAUCAGCUCAUAUCAGAGAGGAUCACCUUUAACCUUAACCAAAAUAACAACUACCAAGAGAUGAAAAAAGUAAUGGUCAAGCCAGGGAAUCUGCAACAGGAUCUGUUCAAGAAGAGUAAUCAGCCAUAUGUUCUGCUUGUCACCGAAAGCAGGGAGCUUUAUAAGGAGACCGUUCAAAGCACUCGCAUCCUCCUGUCUUCCAAGAAAGGCUACAUUUUUAUUCAGACAGAUAAGCCUAUAUACACACCAAGCUCCAAAGUAAAAUACAGGAUCUUCAUUCUGGACAAUGCUAUGAGGCCAACAGAUGACACAGUUACAGUUGCUGUGCUAAAUUCAAAAGGAACGGUGGUUAAAAAGUCAGACCGGAAAAUAAGAACAGUGUUCAGUGAAAACUUUGAAAUACCUGACGUUGCCGAGCCUGGAACUUGGAAAAUCAAAGCCUGGUUUCAUCAAUAUGGAAUGUCUAAUGUUUCUGCUGAAUUUGAAGUUAAAAAUUACGAACUUCCAUCUUUUGAAGUCAAACUCAUCCCACUUCAGCCCUACUACCACAUCUGGAAUGAAAACUUUGUGUUUGAUAUCGAGGCAAAACACUCUUAUGGGAAAGGGAUUCAAGGUGCUGCAUAUGUGCGAUUUGGAAUAAUUGAUGAAAAUGAGAAAAAAGUCUUUCUUCCAGGCCUGGAACAACAGCUAUCAAUUAAAAAUGGAACAGGAAGAGUUACUUUAAAUACACCACUUUUGGAAGAGAAAUUAAGAAAGAGUAUUUCCACUCUGGAAGGGUUGCAUUUGUAUGUUGCUGUUACCACUGUAGAAACUGCAAGUGGUGAGAUGAGGGAAGAGGAACUCAGCAAUGUGAAGUUUGUGAAAUCUCCUUAUGCUGUUGAUCUGUCUAACACCAAAAAGUAUUUUGUGCCUGGAGCCCCCUUCUCUGUUGUGGCAUCUGUCACUUUGAUUGAUGGCUCUCCUGCUGCCUCUCUACCUGUCACUGCUACUGUUACCUUGCCUGGAAAAUCCCCAGUGAAGAAGACUGCACUUUCUAAUAAAGAGGGUCUAAUCCCCUUUACAUUUGACAUCCCUGGAGAUGCUCAGACGCUUCAAAUAAUGGUAAAGGCUGAAGAGGGAAAAGAAAAAUUAGAAUCACCUGAAACCAGUAUCAGAGCUGAAAGAUACCAGUCUGCUUCCACAAACUACCUCAGCAUCAGCAUCCCGCAUACUGUUGUGGCACCUGGAGAUACCUUACGCAUCACCUUGAAUGAUAUUCAUCAGUCUGGCAGUGGAAAGAUUGACUAUUUCUAUUACAUGGUUGUGGCAAAGGGACAAGCCGAGCUUUUGGGAAGGAUUCCCUCCUCAAACAAAAUAAUAAACCUUAAAAUCACCGAGAAGAUGGUGCCCGCCUUUCGCUUUUUAGCUUACUACUUCAUUGCGCAUGAGGGCCAUCAAGAGAUUGUCGCUGAUUCUGUAUGGGUGGACGUUACGGAUGUCUGCGAAGGAAAGAUUAAAGUGAGAACAGAACAAGAGAGAUACGAACCAACAGACAACAUCAAUUUAGUGAUUGAAACGGACCAUGCGGGAACAGUUGCCUUAGCUGUGGUUGAUAAAGCAGUUUUUAUUCUGAACAAGAAAAAUAAGCUUACAGCCAAAAAAGUAUUUAAUGCUAUGAAUUCGUAUGAUCUUGGAUGUUCUGCAGGUGGUGGUGCAAAUAGUGUUCAAGUUUUUACUGAUGUUGGUCUGGCCUUUUUAUCGGAUACAAUUAAAUCCAACGUUCGGGAAGGCUAUACAUGCCUCCAGGUUACCAGAAGGCAGAAAAGAUCUUUGGAUUUUCAGAAGAAAAUGUCAGGAAUUGCCAGCAAAUAUCAAAACACUGAUCUACAAAAAUGCUGUGAAGAUGGAAUGAAAUUAAAUCCCAUGAAGUUUUCUUGCGCGAAAAGGCUAACAAAGGUGGCUGGCUCCGCCAAAUGCAGAAAUGCCUUCCAGGACUGCUGUGAGAAAGCCACAGCCCUCAGAAAGGAGGCGAAGCGGACCAGAGUGGGCUUGGCACGAUACUAUGAUGACCAUGAAGAAGUGUUUGAUGACAUCUCUGUCAACUUGCGCAGUUAUUUUCCUGAGAGCUGGUGGUGGAUUUUUGAAGAAGUGAAAAACCCUGGAAACCAUAGUGUAGAAAACUUUGCUCCUGACUCUAUAACUACCUGGGAAGUUCAGGCAAUAAGCAUAUCUCCCCAAAAAGGAUUUUGCAUAGCUGACCCCCACACCUUUGCAGUUUUCAAAGACUUUUUUGUAUCCCUGAGAUUACCAUACUCAGUCAGACGACAUGAACAACUAGAAAUAAAAGCAGUGGUUUACAACUAUCUGCCCAACGAUCUCCAGGUCACAGUGAAAAUGGAUGCAGUGAAGGGGCUGUGCGCCGCAGAGGUGAUGGAGAAGGCUGUGCAGCUGACGCUGGUGGCUAAGGGGAACUCUGCAACACCAGCCUACUUCUCGGUUGUCCCUCUGACUGUGGGAGAAAUUCCAAUUACUAUUACUGCUUUUGACACGAUUUCUGGGCACAGUGAUAGCAUUAGGAAGAACCUUAAUGUUGUGGCUGAAGGUGUUUUACAGAGAGAAGAAAAGACCAUUUGCAUUAACAGUGGCUUAAAGUCCCAUACACUGGACCUGAACAGACCAUCUGAUAUGGUACCAGGUUCUGAUAGUCACGUGUUUGUUAGCCUGAAAGGGAAUAUUAUGGGCGAGUCUGUUGAAAAUUGUCUUAGUCUCACUGGAGUUGAGAAACUUAUUCAAGUGCCCACAGGGUGUGCAGAGCAAACAAUGGUGAAAAUGGCCCCUGCAGUCUACGCUAUUGAGUACUUGGAUGCUAGUGAGCAGUGGGCGAACUUCAGUGCUGAACAGAAGGAGGAAGCUAUUAACAUGAUUGAAAAAGGUUAUACUAGACUACUUGAGUUUCAGAAAGUGGAUGGCUCCUAUGGAGCAUUUAAAACCACGCCCAGUAGUGUAUGGUUAACUGCAUUCAUUGUUAAAGUACUCACAAGGUGUAGAGAAUACAUUAGUGUCCAAGACAGUCACAUACGCAACUCGAUUUCCUACUUGAUUAAUCAACAGCAGGCAGAUGAUUCAUUCCAUGACCAUCACCCAGUAAUGGACAGGAAUAUGCAGGGUGGCAUUGGGUCAGCAGAAGAGGAUUUGGCUUUGACAGCCUUUGUAACUAUAGCAUUGCAACAGACUCUACAGGUCUACGAGUCACCUGAUGUGGUACACGUUAUUAGAGGAGCAGUGGCUUACAUGAAAAAUCAACUUUCAAGAAACACUAACUGCUAUUCUACAGCCAUCACUGCUUAUGCUCUGACGCUUGUGCAGUCUGAUAGUGAAGAAGCCCAGUUUGCGAAAGAAAAAUUAAGGGCCUGUUCUGUUUUUGACGCAGUAAAUCAGCAGCGCUACUGGGGAAACGGCAACAAUGCAGUCUCAGUGGAAACCACUGCCUAUGCGCUGCUUCAAACAUUGCUCCUGAAAGACAUGGAGUAUGCAGGGCCUAUUGCUACGUGGCUGACGGAAAGAAGGAACUACGGUGGAGGAUACUGCUCUACACAGGACACAGUGGUGGCCCUAGAAGCUCUGUCAGCAUACAGCAUACAGACAUUGAACACUGCUUCCACCAACCUGACUGUAAAACUGGGAACACCUGGAAGACAAAAAGACUACAGUAUUACUCUGACUGAUACUGAUGAAGCGAUUCAGAAGCAGCUAGAGUUUGAACUUGGGAGAAAACUUGAAGUGUCUGUACACGGCAGAGGAAAUGGGACAAUGAGUAUAUUAAAAGUGUACUGGUCUUCUGAUCUGAAGAACACCACAUGUAACGAUUUGAUUUUGACAGUGGAAAUGGAAGGGAGCAUUAAGUACUCUGAAGCUGCAUACUCUGACGAAAAUGAAGAUUAUGAGGACUUGAUUGCUGCAGAAAACAGUGCAUUUGAGCCACUGUCUGAAAUAGAGUGGUUUGAUAUCCACAGCAGAAGGAAAAGGGAUGUGAUCUCUCCCAGUAAAGCAGAAUCGCUGCAGUACAAAGUCUGUGUCAGGUCCACAGGUUCCAAUGCACCAAAGAUGUCUCUGGUUGAUCUCUCUCUGCUGAGUGGCUUGGAGCCUGACACAAAGGAUCUCGAACAGUUGGUGAUGUCUUCAGACCAGUACAUUCAGCACUAUGAGUACAAGGAAGGAAAGGUUUUGCUCUACUUUGGUGAGCUCACAAGCGGACCAGACCCAGAUUGUAUAUCAUUUGGGGCAAAGCAAAUCAAUCCCAUGGGCUUGGUUCAGCCAGCAAAUGCCAUCCUUUAUGAUUUUUACAACCCUGACAGAAAGUGCAGCAUAUUCUACAGUGCUCCCAAGCACAGUGCCAUGCUUUCCAAGGUGUGCCACGCCAAUGUUUGCCAGUGUGCAGAAGGUCCCUGCCCAAGACAAAGAUCAACUUUCGGUAAAGCUGUAACACAAACCACACGCUUUAGUUUUGUCUGCUACCAUCCUAUUGUGGAUUAUGUGUAUGAGGUGGAGUUCCUCAAUAGUACACAGAAGAAUGUUUUUGAUUACUAUGAGGCCAAAAUCCACAGAAUCCUUAAAGCCACUGCUGAUGAAAGCGUCCAAGUGGGUGCCCACCGACAGUUCCUGUCACGCUCCACGUGCAAUUUAAACAUGGUCACUGGCAAGCGGUACCUCCUCAUGGGGAAAGAUGGGCAAACGGUUGAUUGCAACAACAAGAUGCAGUACUUCCUUGAUGCACAAGCCUGGAUAGAGAAAAUUCCAGAUGACAGCGAGUGCCGCACCACCCUGCACCGGCAAGCCUGUGCUCACCUGCAGGACUUCAUGAACACGCCUGACAGCCUGUGCCACUUCUGA